AUGUUUGAGCUGCCCGAUGCAAAGAGAGUCCGACGGGAGGACCUACAUGCAUCGGAUGAGUCUUCGUGGAGCGAGAGUGAAGGAGAUGCAGACCGGGAAGCAUGGCUUAAUGCGCAAAUCGCCAAAGCUCUUGGAAUAGACGAGAGUGCAUUUCGUGCGCCGAAACCACAGGACACCUUGGCUGGGCCUAGCAGGCCUCAGGCUAAUGAUGAGUCUGCAUCUAACGAAGGUGCCGAAGCUGAGGAUGAAGCCUACACCUUUCGGCUCUUCAGCACGGCUGGUCCGGCACCAAAAGUUGUUCUUGAAAAUCACGACAGAAUUGUAGAAGGCAAACUUGCCAGAGGCAGGCCGUUAUCAUACUACCUGGUAACAGACCUGUCACCGGAGAAGAAACACCAGUACGAGAUGGCAGCAGUGAGCGGAGAAGACAUCCUUGCGCGAUCUAAAAUAAGAGAAUGGGGUCUUGAGCUCCCCUGGCGAGUCACAAACAUCAAAGUCACGAGAAAAGCCCGCCCCGGGGAAGGGGUGAAUAUCACAGGUGCCGACGAUGAGCAGCAAGCGAAGAGGAAACGGCUGGGGAAGAAGAGCAGAAUAGCAAUGAGGAAAAAAGCAAGGGCGAAGGAGCAGGCUGAGGCAGCAGCGAAGCAGAAGAUGGCUGAUAAGGAGGAGCAGGUGAAAGAGAAGAAGAAGAGAUUGAACAAGUUGAAGAAGGCGAGAAGAAAGGCAAAGAGAAAGGCUGGGAAGGGCGAGAAUGGCGGAGGUGAUGAGUCGGAGGACGGCUCUUCCGAUGAAGAGUAA